CUCUUAAUAAAUGCCAUGCCAGAGUCUCCCUGCAACUCACCAGAGCAACAAGCAACACUCAGCUCAAUCCCGCACGGUUGCUCCCGGGAGAGAUUAUCGCUCUUCAGAGUUCAAAAAUGCAGCAGCAACUUCAGGAGUGCGAGAAGAAGACGGUCUCGCUGGGGCCGUGGGGAGGACAAGACGGGUUCAAGUGGGAUGAUGGCAUGUACUCCACAGUAAGGCAGAUCGUGAUAGCCCAUGGAGCUGGGAUCGACUACAUUCAGAUUGAGUACGACCGGAAAGGGAGCUCGGUUUGGUCUGAGAAGCAUGGUGGGAAAGGAGGCAACAAAGUUGACACGGUUAAGCUGAAUUACCCGACUGAGUAUCUCACUUCCAUCCAAGGAUAUUAUGGAAGUUUUCUAAAUAUGGGGGCCGUUAUCGUACGAUCACUGACUUUCCACAGCAACAUGAGAUCUUACGGACCAUUUGGGGUCGAACAGGGAUCGAGUUUUGCUCUCUCGAUGACUGGGGGUAAGAUUGUCGGGUUCCAUGGAAAGUCAGGAUGGUACCUUGAUGCCAUCGGGGUUCAUUUGAAACCUUACCAGGAACAGAAGAAAUCCAAAAUAUUGGUCCAGGGUCUGCAGACACAGAGCUAUCUUGCUCACGGAAGCGAGAGAUCCGGGUAUUCAGUAAUGCAUGGGCAGAUUGGCAAUGGCUACGACAUAGUGCUCGCUGUGAAACAAAGAGAGGAUCAACGCUAUAAUGCUGUUGAGGGUAAAUUCUCAGCCCAAGUUUCCGAGACUGGAGAUUACAGCAAGGUGGAAACUAAAGAGAAGGUGCAUAGUGUGGAAAAGGUGACCAAGAAAAUUGAAGGUUUAGAGACUUGUGGACCCUGGGGAGGAUCAAAAGGGACCAAAUUUGACGACGGGAUCUACACGGGAAUAAGACAGAUUCAUCUAUCACGCAACCUCGGGCUCGUAUCGAUGAGGGUUCUAUACGAUCGCAAUGGAGAAGCUAUAUGGGGAAGCAAACAGGGUGGCACCGGAGGAUUAAAGAAUGAUAAGGUCAUCUUUGAUUACCCGAACGAGAUCUUGACACAUAUAACGGGGACACAUGAGCCUCUGAUGAAAAUGGGGCCGACUGUGAUUAGGUCCAUCACCUUCCACACAAACAAAGGGAAGUAUGGACCGUUUGGAGAAGAGAACGGACAGUCUUUUACAUCAAAGGUCAAGGAAGGGAAAAUUGUUGGGUUUCACGGGAGGGGAGGACUAUUCAUUGAUGCUAUCGGGAUUCACAUGAUAGAAUGCAAGGUGCCACCAGCACCACCAGCACCAAUUCCUGUCCACAAUUCGAAUGACAAGAUUGAAGCAAACGGAGCCAAAACAGAUUAUCCAUGGUCGAACAAGUUCCAUCUUCCAAAGCCGGUACCAAACGAAGAGGUUUCUUGCGGAAUUGUCAAGGAGCCAGCACCCUAUGGGCCUGGACCUUGGGGAGGAGAUGGUGGGAGGCCGUGGGAUGAUGGAGUCUUUUCUGGUAUCAAACAGAUCUAUUUGACCAGAGGUGAAGCCAUUUGCUCCAUUCAGAUAGAGUACGAUAGGAACGGCCAGUCAGUUUGGUCACUGAAGCAUGGAGGCAAUGGAGGAAUCAUCGCACACCGGAUCAAAUUGGAGUAUCCUAAUGAAGUACUCACUUGCAUAUCCGGUUACUAUGCUCCAAUCUGCAAAGAAGAAGGGCCUAAAGUUAUAAGGUCACUGACAUUUUAUACAAGUCGAGGGAAAUUCGGUCCCUUUGGGGAAGAAGUAGGGAACUUUUUCACUUCAACUACAACAGAAGGCAAGGUGGUGGGAUUCCAUGGGAGGAGCGGCUUGUACUUGGAUGCAAUUGGAGUGCAUAUGCAACACUGGUUAGGGAACCAAAAACAAACCAGGUCUCUAUUCAGAAAGGGCAACUGAGAUGGGAAUUUCCGCUGGGACGUGUUUCCCCAAGAAUAAAAAUCAACAUAAAUGGUCAGCCUAAACAAAUAUUUAAAUAAAUUUAAUGAAAAAUUAUGUAUUGACUUGUCAGUACUUAAAUGCUUUGAGCCUCUAAUGGCAGCUAUAUUA